UUAACAGCCAAACCCAAUUAUAAGACAACAAAAAAACCCCCUCCGUGAAGAAGACAACAAAAAACCCCAAAAACGGAGAUGCAACCGCCGUGCCUGAUGGAGAUCGCGGCAGCAUGCGGCGGCGGAAGUGGCGGAGGAAGCAGCUGUUGCCCAACACCAUUACUCAACUUCCCUUCCUCCACCUCGACAACCUCGACCACCCCUCGAACUUCCGCCGCAUCCCGACGCGACUUCACGGCCAAAGCCACCGCCGGAGUGUUCCCCAACACCAAUUUCACAAACCCGGAAUCUCUCCCGGCGCCGCCGCAAGCUCUGGCUCUGUUCCUCGCCGCCUUCCCACAGUAUAACCAAACCCAGAAAAUCGACCAAAUCAGAAACAAACAAUAUUACCAUCUCAACUUCACAAACCAUACGUGUCUCGAUUACAUCGGAAUCGGUCUCUUUUCGUAUCAUCAAUUCCAAAAACAUCACAACCCAUUUCCUUCUUCCAAUUUGAAUUUCCCGUUCUUCGGCGUUUCUUACAGAACCGGCAAUUUUAAAUCUCGCCUCCUUGAAAAUGGCCUCGAUUCUGACCUAGAAUCCGCCAUUAAAAGACGAAUAUUCCGAUUCCUCAACGUUUCAGAUUCCGAUUAUUCCAUGGUUUUCACCGCGAAUCGAACCUCCGCCUUCAAACUCUUAGCAGAAUCAUACCCAUUUCAUACCAGCAGCAAGCUUUUGACUGUUUAUGACUACGAAAGUGAAGCAGUGGAAGCCAUGGUCAACACUUCCCAAAACAGAGGAGCUUUGACUAUGUCAGCUGAAUUUUCAUGGCCGAGAUUGAGGAUAAACUCACGGAAAUUGAAGGAAAUGAUCGUGAGUAAGAACAAGAAGAAGAAAACUAAAAAGGGUCUUUUUGUUUUUCCAUUACAUUCCAGGAUUACGGGAGCUAGAUAUCCUUAUUUAUGGAUGAGUAUAGCGCAGGAAAAUCGGUGGCAUGUUCUUGUCGAUGCUUGUGCUUUGGGUCCUAAAGAUAUGGAUUGUUUUGGAUUAUCUUUGUUUCGACCUGAUUUUCUUGUCUGUUCUUUCUACAAAGUCUUCGGCGAAAACCCAUCUGGAUUUGGGUGUCUUCUUGUGAAAAAAUCUGUCAUUUCAAUUCUCGACACCAAUUCUUGUUCCUCAAAUGUUGGAAUUGUGAAUCUUGUUCCUGCUGACAAGCUGUUUCAGCUAGCUGAGGACUCAUCCGGGACUGACACUGAGCUGGAAAUUCAUCAUCAGCAGUUCAUGUCUCAAAUGGUUCCAUCAACAAGCUCAUUUUCAGGUCCAAUUUCAUAUGAAUCAAUGAAAACAGCACAAACACCAACAACCCAGUUUCCAGAAACAGAGGAGGACCCAAAUUUGGGGUCAAAUGUUUCAGAAAUCGAAACAAAAUGCAAAGGGUUGGAUCAAAUGGACUCAUUGGGGCUGAUAUUGAUAUCAACAAGAGCACGAUGCCUAAUCAAUUGGCUGGUGAGUUCAUUGCUGAAGCUCAAACAUCCAAACACAGAAGGGGUGUCUCUGGUGAAGAUCUACGGCCCAAAGGUGAAAUUCGACAGAGGACCAGCUCUGGCAUUCAAUGUUUUUGAUUGGAAAGGGGAGAAAGUUGAGCCUGUUCUUGUGCAGAAGCUAGCAGAUCGAAGCAACAUUUCAUUAAGCUAUGGAUUUUUGCAGAACAUUUGGUUUCCUGAGAAGUAUGCAGAGGAGAAAGGGAGGGUUCUUGAGCGAAAGGAGGUUGGGAAAGAUGAGAAGAUGAAGAAGGUGAAAGCUAACUUGGGGAUCAGUGUGGUGACUGCUGCUCUUGGAUUUUUGACCAAUUUUGAUGAUGUUUAUAAGCUUUGGUGCUUUGUUGCUCAGUUUUUGGAUGCUGAUUUUGUCGAGAAGGAGCGAUGGAGAUACACUGCGCUUAAUCAGAGGACUGUUCUUGAAGUUCUUUAGUUCAUCAAGACCUGUUCUUUUCUUGAGCUUAAUAUCACUUAUCCGGUCCGAGAUAGACAACCCAAUGUCUCGAUCCAUCUUUAUGACAUCUUUAUGUCUCGAUCAUAUACCAGUAAUUCUUAAAAAUGUUGUUAAUUUGAGUAUAGCU